CACACGCACGCGCACGCCGACGACGCAGACUUGCGCCGCUCGCGCUCGAUCGGAGAACCUCGACGUACGUACGUGCGUGUGCACCCGCAACAUGGCCGCCGCCGCCGGGCACCGGACGCCGCCGCCGCCGCUGCUGCUGCUCCUCCUGCUCGCCGCCGUCGCGCUGCUCGCGGCGGUGGCCGCGGCGGACGACGCCAAGCCGACGAUCCUGACCCCGGUGGCCAAGACCCCCGUGGGGUCCUUCGAGGGCGACAAGCCGGGGGACGACGCCAUGGACGACGAGGACGCCGCGCCCGUCGGCUCCCCCAUCGGCACCACCAUGACCGAGCCCAAGCCGGAGGGGUCCACGCCCGGCGCCGCCGGGGGCGACGCGCCGGCGCCCAGCGCCGCCUCCUCCCUCACCACCCGCUUCGGCAGCGCCGUGGCCGUGGCCGCAGCAGCCGCCGGCGUCCUCGCCUUCUAAUUAAGCUCCGUCCAUGGAGAUCAACUAUUCCGGCGUGGCCAGCUGCAUGCACGUGGGCGGGUCGCCGGCAAUGGCGGAUCCACGGCUCAUCGCUCUUCCAUCCUUUCUCUCUCUCCGUGUAUAUGUAUCUAACCACGUACGCUGGCAUGCACGACACUAUUAAACUGCGAUAGCAUACAAGUAAAUUAAUGACCGUGGUGCGUGCAAUAUAGUAUAGUUCUCCAAUGAAUUUUCCCAUGCUAAUCUCAUUGUAAGUUCAGUGCAACUUUGUUUUUGUUUGCCUUCUCCAGUGGAGCAAAUUAAUUAAGUUUCGAUUGUACAAGUAUUGUAUAUAUGAUUAAUCAUCGUCGCUGAUUUAGUACAAA